GGACGCGCUGGAUGGGGUGCCCAUGAGCUUCGGCGCGCGGAGCCGCCCGCCCAGGCCCGGGAGCGGCUCGAUAUGGCCGCGUACUGCGACGGCUCAGGUGUCUGCCCGGCCCAGCACAGCCAGGCCGGGGCCGCCGCGCACCCCGCGGGCUACGCGCGUGGGGAUGUGGCCGCGGCGGGUGGCGGCCCGCGCCUGUGGCUGAAUGCAGCUGCUCUCAGCCCCGCGCCCUACGCGCCGGGCCCCGGACCCGCGCCCCCGUACGCGUCCCCCGGCUACGCGGCCCCGGGCCCACUCCUGGGCGCCCCGGGCGGCCUGGCGGGUGCCGACCUCGCGUGGCUAAGCCUCUCGGGCCAGCAGGAGCUGCUGAGACUGGUGCGGCCGCCCUACUCGUACUCGGCGCUCAUCGCCAUGGCCAUCCAGAGCGCGCCGCUGCGGAAGCUGACGCUCAGCCAGAUCUACCAGUACGUGGCCGGCAACUUCCCCUUCUACAAGCGCAGCAAGGCGGGAUGGCAGAACUCCAUCCGCCACAACCUGUCGCUCAACGACUGCUUCAAGAAGGUGCCGCGCGACGAGGACGACCCAGGUAAAGGCAAUUACUGGACCUUGGACCCAAACUGCGAGAAGAUGUUCGACAACGGGAACUUCCGAAGGAAAAGGAAGCGGAGAGGGGAGGCGAGCGUGGCCGCCCCCUCGGGUGCCCGGAGUCCAGGAGGGGCCAAGGGUCCUGAGCUGGAGUCCCUGGGCGCGGCCUCCCCGGACCUGCAGGCCUCGCCCUCCCCGCCCGUGCCCGAGGCUGCCACCUGCUUCUCGGGUUUCGCCUCGGCCAUGGGCGCCCUGGCCGGCGGUCUUGGUACCUUCCCCGGGGGCCUGGCUGGCGACUUUUCUUUCGGGAGACCGACGACGGUCGCCGCCCACGGCUCCCACGCCCCCAGCCCCGCGCCCGGCUUUGCCGCUGGCCAUCAGACGGCGGCCACCGGCUUCCGCGUCGGCCACUUGGUCUACAGUCGGGAAGGGACCGAAGUUUGAAGGGAGGCCGGGGAUUGUCCCGAGAGUGUCCCGUCCAGAGGCGCUGAGCUCAAGCCCUGUCUUCCCGCCUGGUGACGGCCCAGCGUGUUCGCGCCGCAGCAAUGAACGCGGUGGAGGGAGGGCAGCGCCCGGGUCGCAGGACCUGAGUUGAGCGGGGCCUCGGGCCUCCCAGGUGGCCCGCCUGUCGUGCGCCCCUCUCCCAGGCGACCAUUCAGGUGGGGAGAGAGGGCGCUCCCUGCUCCACCUGUCCUUCCAGUUCGCCUGGACCUGAACCCAGGCUCUCCAGGAGAUCCGCUUUAAAGGGGCGACGGGCUGGCGCUUAGCCCCAGCCUUUUCGAUGAGAGCCUGGCUCACCCCAAAGAGCUUUCUUAGUAGCAGGAGCGCGGCCCGGGGCCCAACUGUGGCCAAUUUCCUCCUCUGGCGCAGCCUGGACCUCCUGGCGGCUCAGGGCCUUCCCUCGGUGCUCCAGGGACGCCGCGGGGGUUGCAGGAGCAGCUCCAGCGGGCCAGGUGGCUUCCUUCACCCUCACCGGGAGUGUGCAUCGAGGGGGAGCUGGGACCAUUGGGACUGGGACGCAUGUAAGAAGGACUUUCCAAUUGCUGGAGCUGCCCGUGACGGAAGGGAGGAGGGCUGCCUGGCGGAGAGCGGCCCUAGGGGAUACCAGCUCCUUUCCCUGUCACUCAGUGUGCGGGCCUCAUCGACCCUGUCCUAGGACCAGGCGCCUCCGGGAACACAGGAGCAGUGCCUAGCACCAGAGAGUCGCAGGAUGGGUUCAGGUUUGCCACCCACCCCACCCACGCUCAC